CUACUAGCUAAUGGAGGAGAUUGACGGGUUGGUGGUCAAGUUGAAGCUGCAAGGGGCGUGCGGAUCCUGUCCCAGCUCGCUCAUGACCAUGAAGAUGGGGAUCGAAGCCCGGCUCAAGGAGAAGAUCCCGGAGAUAAUCGGCGUGGAGCAGGUGCAAGACACGGAGACGGGGCUUGAGCUGACAGAGGAAAACGUUGACAAGAUACUGUCGGAGAUACGGCCUUACUUGGUGGGAACUGGCGGAGGGGAGCUGACGCUUGUCAAGAUCGAUGGGCCGGUGGUGAAGAUACGCAUCGAGGGUCCUGCAGCCGGGGUCAUGACUGUUCGUGUGGCCGUGACGCAGAAGCUGCGGGAGAAGAUCCCCAUGAUCGCCGCCGUGCAGCUCGUUUUAUCUGACGGUUUUGGCCCCAAAAUGCUUAUUUUUAUUGUUCGCUGGGAGUCCCGCCUUUGUUUUUGUUGCCAGCCAAAGAAACACACAGAAAGUUUGAAGGAGAGAGAGAGCGCAAAAAUCUGAGAGGAGAGAAAGACAUGGCACCGGCUUUGAUUGACUUUGCCGCGCUCCACUUCUUUGAUCCCUCCAUCUCCAUCUCGUCCUUUUUCUUUUUCUACUUGGACUCGGACGAUUCGAUCCAUGUCAUGUUUCGCUCGAAGUCGAUGGAUCACUGCCCGAUCACUCCACCACUUCUUGUCGACUGGAAAAGUCUUUAAAUUCCUCUCGCUGAUGCGAUCAGCACGGCAUUAGCCUGAGAUCAAGGCCGCGGAUCAUCCAGCAAAGUCUAAGCUUUUUGCCAAGGA